AUAAAUCUGGUGAAAAAUAGCUGAUUACUCUGAUAAAUCAAGGCUCGUAGCAAACAUCUAUAAUGGCGUCGCGAUGGACUAGCAGAAAGAAACGACACAGGUCAAGGUCACCGACUUCUGACGUCAUCAUGAGGAAGGAAAACACGUGGAAUGUUUCUGUGGCAACAGAACACCCGGAUAUGACGGAAGAAGCAAAUCUGAAAACAACGUACGGGCCAGGAAAAAAAGGAGGUAACUUUGCACUUCCGCUUGGCGCCAAGAUUUCAAUACCAGAUGGAGUAUUCAGUAAAAAAGACAGUAUCACAUGCCAGGUGGCGCCACCUUCCGGGAGAUGGCGCCAUGUACCAGUGCUGCCCCCUAGUGAGCAUAUGGCGAGCGAGAUAUUCAUUUUGUCAUCCUCGGUACACCCUCUAAAGAAGGCCGUGAUUGUUCAGCUGCCAUACUACUACGUUGACCUUGAACAUAACGAGCUCAAUGUCAAGGGCAGAUGGAAGGACGAGGCGGAGUGGGUAGACGUUGGCUUCCUCAAGAAGGAGGACAGCAGCAUGCCGUCUGUGGAGCUGGAGAUCGCCCGUCUGGGAGUGUUUGUGGUCACCUUCACCCCCAAGAGAGAGAUGUUCCCGGUGUCCCCACAGGGGUGUCUGUACAACGCCAGGCUCAGCAGACACAUCAGCGUCAGGUUCCCCAAGAAGUCCAUCGACACCAGCAUGCAUUGUUCCAUACAGAUAACCCCGAUACCAUCUGACAAAUUAGCAUUCUCUAAGCAAUUCCCCAUGGACUGUGGAGAGCUUUUGAGAGCGACAGAAUUCGUAGACAUCACGACCACAAUUCCGUGCAACUUCCGGCGGCCAGUGACAGUUAAACUUCCGCUUCCGGCUGGUGGCGAGGUCGAGAAUGACAGCGGUACCGACAUCGCCGUGGUUGUCAAGACGGACGAGGGCUGGAGCGUUGUCGACAGCAACUAUAAGUUCUCCCGAACAACCGUCACUUGUGAUGUGAAAACACUGUCAAGAUUCUGUGUUUGCCAGUCUAAACCAGACCGGAAACAGAAAAUGAAGGAUGCGAUACCGAUUUUGGAUGGCCGCAGUAACAAGGAAAAAGGGGAGGUAACCAUGUUCUUGUCUCUAAAGGAGAAAUCAUGGAUGGGUGUUAUAGAAUGUUUCCCGGAAUUCAAAACCGAGGUGAGAACAAACGCCCGAUCGUCGGUCGGAUUCCGACAUGUAGUGAAACAAGAAGCUCCCAAAGAAACAGAACAGCGGUUUACCUCCCGGAGGCGACCACCGCCGCCGAAACAAGUCAAAGAAAAGGAGAUAGACGGAUUUGAGAUCUACGAUGGGUGUAAAUGGGAAAUCGAAGUGAGCGGAGAUAUAAAAGUGAGCGGAGAUAGUGACUAUUUCGAUAAUAACCAGUUGCAAUUCUUUAGAAACUUACCCGAGAGUUAUAGAAGGUUUGUUCUCGAACCUCGAACUAACGAAGAGCGGGCCUUACAGGGUGUUAUAAACUUAGUACCUGUUGGUGUAGAGGAACAGAAUGCCAGGGAACGUUUGUCCUUCACAUUCAAAUUUGAAGUGGAUGAGGAAAAGGUCAAGGCCUAUUUCAAACCAGAUGACCCGGAACCGGAACCUGAGCCAGAGAAACCAACUGUUACCUUUGACCUUCCGUUGGAACCAAUCAAAGAAGAGCGACCCCCUCCUCCAGUGAAAGUGCGAACGUUCUCGGCCAGUGCUCUCGAGAGAUUGACGCGACCAAUCCGACCCAACAAGAUCCCUGAGAAGGAAUCACGUGUCCUGACCGGAAGAAGCUUGAUGAACAUCGCACGUGUUGUCCCGGAAGGACUUACCCUGGCCGUUCACCUUGACCUUCCGGACAGCACAAUCACAGGCCUGGGGUUCGACGCCAUCAGUAACGGCCUAGGCAUGGCCGACGUCACAUACAAAAUUUUACUUUACUGGAAGCGACGCCUAAAAGACAAGCGUAACGGCGCAGUGGCGGAGUUGACGGAAGCUCUUCGCGACAUGGGAAGAUCCGAAGUUGCAGACACAGUUCAGGAGAUGCACGACAAGAACAAGGAAAUAGGCCCAGACUGCUUCCACCUCAUCAUGCAGUGACGUCAUUAAGGGGAGAUAAUCCAGUAGUAGUCAUACAGGGUCUUUAGUUAUUUAUGUCAUGGAUUCAGCAAAACGGGGACCUUUAAGUCAGAGUUUGGCAUUGUGGGUCAUUUGCGAAUGUUCCAGACUGGACUUUGACUUCGGAAUGACGUCAUCAGAAAGGGGAGAUAAUCAGCUGUUCAUCGCUUCGUAUACACAAGAACGAUUGUAGCAUUGGUGUUGAAGUUUGCAAAAUGUAUUCAGCUUCAGUACCACUCUGCUCUCUUAAUUUAGGGACAGUUUAGACUAGUUGAUUAUCCAAUUCUCGAGACUUCGAAAGGAUGCACGACCGCUGCCGCUGAAGCCGUGUUAAUACUGCUGCUGUGUGACAUGUUGAAUCAGACUCAUAGAUCUACUAACGGAAAGUCAGAGUAUUUCACGGUACGCUUCCAUUGUGACGUUACAUACAGAUAAUCAUAAACACUGUCUCGAUGGUGUGGAUCCGGAGGAGUGUUUUCAGGAAUUGAUUGGCUGGAUGUUUCAUAUUGUCUGAAGUUUCUGUGAUCAAAUUUUAAUGUGUCGUGAAAAUUACAGAUAUAUCUUGUCAGUACAGAAUUGUUUUGAUUGAAAGCAUCACCAAAGAAUGUCCAGGCGAUGCAAUACCGCUUGCUGCCUCUCUUGUGUCAGGUAUUCAAAUUCAUGUACACGUACAUUGUUUGACAGGGGUCGUUUUCCAUUAUGGAUAUAAAUUUAUUUAGUCAGCUCUUAUGAGGAGCGGGGCGGUGGGGUAGCCUAGUGGUAAAAGCGUUCGGUCGUCACGCUGAAGACCCGGGUUCGAUUCCCCACAUGGGGAUAAUGUGUGAAGCUCUUUUCUGGUGUCCCCCGCCGUGAUAUUGCUGGAAUAUUGCUACAACGGCGUAAAGCUAAUCACUGCUUCGCAUGUAUUCUGCGUGUAUUCAACCGCACGUCAUUACAGUCACAAAACACGGUAUCAGCACAGUCAUAUGACAUUUGGUGUUAAAAAAUACGUCAUUUUAUCGCAUGCUCACGUGGAUGGGUAGCCAAGUGGGCCAGGCGUUCGCUCGCCACAGCGAAUGGGCAUGUUCGAUUCCUCACUUGAAUCUAAUUUUGGGAGUCUAUUUCUGUUGUCCGCCGUGACAAUAUUGCUAAGACCAGCGUAAAACCGUAAUCACCUGACGUGACCUUGGGGUUAUCACCUAUAUGUACGAUUAUACGUUGGUCAGUCUUUGUGAUAAACUGACAUGUUUUAUUGAUAUGCUUGUGAUAUAUGUAUCUUUCUGUGAUAAUACUUUGAAAAGAUCAUUUCUCGUUACGAAUUUUAUGCUGGCUCAGGUCAAUCAUAGUUUCUUGCAGUAAGCAGAUUGCGUUCCGACGGAUGGUCUUCAAAUUGAUCAUGGUUCGUUGCUACAAUCCUACAAUAUUCUGAGUUCGAAUCCACUCAUCCGUACUGGAUAUCGUCCUUGGUUUGCCACCUCCACAACUGUGCUAGUGGUGGCACCUAAGUGGAAAGCUUCAAGGACAUUUUGGUCUUUCGUCCAGCAAGUUGUUUGGCCCUGAUCGAGCUGAAACUCUACUGAAAGUGGCGUCAAACCAGUGUGUAAGCUGGCAUACCGCCGUUUGGUAAUUACAUCUCUUGAUAUGGUACGUACGUACCAUCACAAAUAGUAUUUUAAAGAGGAGCCCAUAUCGAGCGGUACAUCAUCAUGUAUGUAGAUAGUGCAUUGUCCCCAAAUCGACCAGAAAACAUUUGAGUCCAGGAAACAUGUUCAUAUCAACGGGUUAAGUUAAUAUUUUCAUGAAACAGUACUGUAUUUUCUUGUACUUACUUCAAAACUAUGAUAGACCGCGAAUAAAAUUAUAUUUUUACAAACCA